AUGCCAACGAAUAAACCAGAGAAUGCACCAGGUGGUGAAAAUUUACUUACAGCAUUGAUAUCUUGUACUACUGCUGCUGCUUUUUCAGCGACUUGUACUUAUCCAUUUGAUUUUAUCAAGACCCAACAACAAUUGAAUAAUGAAAAAGUAAUGAAAAAAUGGAAUGUCCCUGGAAAUUAUCCAAAUUCACUUGCACAAUUAUAUAAAGGUGGAAGUGCUUUGGUAUUAGGAUCAAUUGUUAAGAAUGGAACAAGAAUCAUUGCUUACAAUUGGCUGACACAAUUCAUGUCCAUUGAUUCACAUAAUGGGAACAAUAACAAAACGACUGCACCUAGAAUAGUAAUUGCUGGUGUUAUGAGUGGCUUUAUAGAAACUUUAUGGUUAAUCCCAUUUGAAAAUGUAAAAAUUACUAUGAUUCAGAAUCAAACUUUGGCCAAUGAAUUAAAUAGGUGUAAAGAUUUAGGGUAUGAUAUAACUGGGAAAGUUAGCCAUAAUGUUCUGACUCAUCACAAAUCAACCAAACCAAUUUACCUUAGACAAUAUGUAUCCCCACACGCAUAUUUAUCGUCAGAUAUCGUUGACCAAUAUAUUAAACAAAAAGUGAGGUUUGGUGGUGUUCCUAUCAAAGACAAAGCUUUGGAAUCAUUGAAAUUUCAUUAUAACAAACAUCCUUCAUUGACAUUAUUUGGAACAAUAAAGGAAAUGUACGAGUUAAAGGGGCUAAGAGCAUUUACAGCAGGUACUUUUAUAACUUUUACCCGUCAAAUUGGUAUAUCUUGGGUAUGGUUGGCAACAUACAAUGCCACCAGACAAUUGAUUGACCCUCAUAAAACAAAUAAUGAAUGGUUUGGUCAUAAGCAUACUAUGAUACAACUGGUGGGGUUGCAUUUCUUAUCCUCAAUGGCGGUAAUCAUGGUUACUCAACCUUUAGAUGUAAUUAAAACUCAUUUACAACUGAAAAAUGGUAACCUGCUUUAUCGUGAUUCAUUAUCAACGGCAUAUAAGUUGUUUUUGCAACAGGGUCCUUGGGCUUUGUUUAAAGGUUCAUUCCCAAGGUUUUUGAAAGUGUUGAUCAGUGGUGGGUUGACAGCCACUGUGUAUGAAUACGUCGAACGAUUGGUAUAUGUUGCAGGCCAUCAAAAAAUAUUUAGUCAAGAGUAA